GAACGUAGACAUCACAUACACUAAUCCACACAUUGAACUGCUGCCUGUUGGAAGGAAUACGUAGUAAGAAGCAUCGUUGAUAUUGGAAAUGGUCCUACACACCGAAGCAUAAGAGGUAAGCUUGAAAUAAGGCACAGUUUAGGAAAUAUCCAAAGUGCACACACUCAGAAGGGUUGGCAUACCAUAACAUCAGAGCUUGUGUCGUGACGUCAUCAUGCCCCCGGCCACUCAUGUAGCUGGAGGACACAAACCCAGAAGGAAGACGGGGUGAAGAUGGAAGCCCCCUCGGCGGUGACAGCGUGAUGCUGGAGGGCUUCAUUUUAAGUGAUGAGUUCAUUUGUACAGUGAAGAUAAUGCUGCUGGGAAAAGACAUGACAUCAAAAGGUAAAGAGACUGAAGAUGAUAUCUAUUGCGCAUGUCUGUCAAAGGCAUUAUGUCAAGUGGCUACACCAGUCACAGUUGGUUUAUAUGCCCCCUUUGGGGGCAGAGUUUAUAUGCUUCUGGAUCGUAUAACAAAGUGCAUGAGAGAAGAAGCAUUACGUAUAACGGAGAAGGAGGAGACAACUUUAAAACAAGCUACAGUUAACCCUAAUGGAUUGGGCUUCCUACAUUUACUCUGGCGUCUAAUAUUCUACUGUCCUCUGAUCACCUCACAUCACCAAGAACGAAAAAGCAUCCAGUUCAUAUUUGUGCACUUUAGCGCUUGGCAGUAUGCAGGUAGCGACCGUCUAUGGGCUGGCCUUGUCACCACACUCUGUGACCAAAUACGACGACAUUUUGGAAAAUUUCCACUGUGUGUUUUUAAUGUCCUGGGCUCAACCCCCAAGUUGAAUCUUGAAGAAGAUGUCAAGGAAUGGAAAUUUAAGAAGACCUUCUGUAUCAUUUUGGUAGUUACUAUUAUCUUGCUUGUCAUUGGUUUGUGCCUUUUACUUAUACCUAUAAACUCCAGCAGCCACGAAGGUGAAGAGAAAGCCAGUACUGUUUUUGGAAGUUUGGCUACAAUUGUUGCAGGUUCAGGCAUUGCCAUGACAUUGUAUAAAUUAUGCAAAAGUCUCCUAGUUAGUCAGAAACAGAAGAUUGAACGCUUAGUCAAUAGCCAGAAAUUCAGUUCUCAAAUGGGCUUUAUGAAUGAAGUUAAAAAGGAGGUAGAACUUAUAACUCAGAUGGUCCAAUACAUGGAGAUUUUUCAGAAGCAAAAAAUCAGAGUGGUUCUACAGAUUACUAGCUUGGAACUUUGUGCACCAGAAAAGGUGGUCGGGGUACUGGAUGCCAUGAAUACUCUUCUCUCUGACCAAAGAUCUCCAUUUAUAUCUAUAUUAGUUGUUGACCCUAGUAUUAUUGUCACCUGUUUGGAGAAUGCAGGCUCCUUGAAAGGCAUGGCAGACAAUGGGUACAUGUUUUUGAACCGUACUGUUACUCUGCCAUUCUCUGUGCCAGCUCUUGGUAAGAAAACCAAGCUGCAACUUCUAAGAAAGGCUGUACAGAGAACUGAGGAUCUUAUUGACUGGCCUUGCAGAAAUGAUGCUACUCGAGGUACUAAAACGGGUAUAGCUGAGUCCAUGAAAUUGUUAAGAGAAGAGCUCUCAGAAGAUGAUGAUUCAGAGGUAGGCAUACCAAUAUAUCAAGCUGCAUACUGCAUUCAAGAGGCAUUUUAUGCCCUGUAUAGUGAACGUGGAGUUCUCAAUGAAUACAUUCCUGACAGCAUCUGUCAAAUGAAACGAAUUGUUAAUGCAAUUCCAGUCAUGGUCCAUCUGAUGAUGCUGAGUAAAAUACCGUGGGGCAACUUGUCUGCUAAAUCUGUAGCUGCUUGGGUUGUCCUCUGUAAUCAGUGGCCCUGUAGGCUAAGCUGGAUUCUUCAGUGUCUGGAAGAUGAAGAACAACAAGGCUCAGAGGAAGGGUUUAGCAAUAGUUUACUUUGGAAUGUGUUUAAGAAGAACAGUAAGGAACUGUUUGCCAUGAAAGCUGGGCUUAAAAACCUAUUGGAUUUGGAUGGAGAUCCAGAGAUUUUCCAGAGGUUCCUUUCUAAAGACUUCCCUUUCACAGUGGAGGAAUCCAGAAGACUGAUGAAGUGCACCAUUAAUCUGGAUUUUUCUGUAAAGAACAAAAUGGGGCUCCAUCGUGGAAUCAACAGCCUUCAAAAUGACUGGAAGGAUGCAGAAGCUGCUGAAAAUAAGACUGGAAAAGAAGAUGAUAUCUGUAACAAUGAUGCAGGUAAAGUUGGUGAAGGCGUUCCGACUCCCGACUGGCCUAAAGAGGUCGAGAAAAGAGAAAUUGACAAGACACGGUGGAAAGAGGCAAGCUGGUUUAAAUCAGAAGUAUGUGAGGAUAUUGGAGAAGGAUCCAUAAGAGCAAUGCAGGAAAAAGUAUUCAACGUUGUGAUAGAAGAAGCUGAAAUUAACAUUCACACAACACCAACUUUAAAGCUGUGCGGCACAGAGUGUGACUGUAUGGAAUGUAAGCCUGUAUAUGAUACAACCAGAAGUGGAAUAGAGUUCUCUCAGGAUAGAAAUAAUGGUGAACUAAUAACACAAAUGCAAGAAAAUGACAAUGAAUGCAUUUUACAGACUCAGCAGAAAGCCAUGGAUGGCAAUCAAUUAAAGGAGCUAUCUGGGAAAUUAAUAGUGGUGCAAAAGAAGGAUGAAGAAUCCACCUACCAAAUACAAAGUCAGAUUAAUGACCUCAUAGUACUAAGCAUGGAAAAAUAAAUAUUACAGAAACAAGAGGCUUAAUUCACAAAGUUAACACACCAGGAUGUAGACCUUUUCUUAAGAGUCAAGUAAGAUUUGAAAAUUACAGUCACA